UGAAGAGUUCCAGUUCCACCUUCAGAAACAAACGAACCGAGAAAGAAACAGUUUCUGAACAUGGAGGAUUGCAUUCAAAUCCGAAGAUUCGAAGAACUUCCUUCAGCUAAGGACUUCGAAUCUCUGAUCGAACCUUCAAACGUUCCUACUGUUUUCUCUGGAUGCACCAAGAGUUGGGGAGCAUUUUCUCAAUGGAAUCCAGCGAACGGUGGCCUCGACUACUUGCAGGCGCGUGUGGGAAAUUGCGUGGUGGAGGCUAUGGUAUCUCCAUCCGCGCCUGCAUUUUACGGUGACCUUGGAAGCCAUGAGAGGGUUCCGGUACCGUUUUCUACUUUCCUUGCAUUUUGCAAGAAACGGUUGCAGAUGGAAAGUGAGCAUGGACAACAACACACUGAUCAUUGUCCUGCCGCGGAAACUCAUGAUACGCAACAGCAUGCUGAUUUGGCCUUGGAAGAUGUUCCGGAACAAAUUUAUUUAGCUCAGGUGCCAAUUAUGAACAGUGAUCGUCAGGAGAGGGUUCAAUUGAAAACCCUAUCAGAAGAUAUUCAGAGGCCUCCUAUUUUGGAGACAAAAGAAUUGUCUUCUAUAAAUUUGUGGAUGAACAAUGCCCACGCUAGAUCAAGUACUCACUAUGAUCCACACCACAAUCUUCUGUGCAUAGUUUCUGGCCGCAAACAAGUUACAUUGUGGCCUCCUUCUGCUAGUCCCUCACUCUACCCAAUGCCUAUCUAUGGGGAGGCAUCCAAUCACAGUUAUGUUGCUUUGGAAAACCCUGAUUACUCAAUUUACCCGAGAGCAGAAUGCUUGAUAGAGUUUGCACAAAAGGUUGUUCUUGAGGCAGGUGAUGCCCUUUUCAUUCCUGAAGGCUGGUUCCACCAGGUAGAUAGUGAUGAUUUGACCAUUGCUAUUAACUUUUGGUGGAAAUCCAACUUAAUGUCUUGCAUGUCAGAGCACAUGGAUGCUUAUUAUUUGCGCAGAAUAUUGAGAAGACUGAUUGACAAAGAAAUGGACCAGCUACUGCUCAAGUUGGGGAGGGGGAAAACUAGGACGUUUGAAUACAAGCUGCCUAACAAUGGACAAGAAAAUCAUGCUGGUGAAAACUAUUCUCAGAUGUUGAAAGGGAUGCAUUUAAAGGAGAAAAGACUUAAAGAGGGGAACACGUUGCUAAAACUAGAACCUGCUGCAGUCCAGGUGCUUCAUGAACUUGUGUCUUUGGUUCACAACAGUGUUAGUGCCAGCCAGGAUCAGCAGUCAUUGUCAACCACUAUAAAUGAUUGUCAACUUGUAGGGAAUGAUAAAUGUGAGAUAGUGACUGAUGACUUGAAAGAUGAUCCAGUUGCUAAAAUUCUAUGGGAAGUUGAACCAGACACUCUCCAAUAUGCCUUUCUCGCUAUGGCACAAAACUUCCCAAGAACUUUAGAGGCUCUUGUACUGCAUGUACUUUCCCCAGUUGGGGCUGAAGUUCUUACAAGGAAAUUUGAUGAGAUGGAUCACCAAACUCUUGAGGAAGAUCGCAAUAGAUUCUAUGAGGUUUUCUACAGUGUAUUUGACGACCAAUCUGCAGCAAUGAAUUCAAUUCUAAAAGGAAAGGAGUCAUUCAAUCAACAGGCAUUUAAGAAUGUAUUGGACAAAUUUGUGGGAGUGAAUCUAGAAAGCUCAAAGCCAGGGGUCAGAUGAGAUGCUAAGUGAAGUGAACCUUCUGCAUGAAUUGGCCCACCAUGUAUCUCCAGAGUGUAAAAUGAUGCAUAUUUGAAACCAGUGUUUUUCUUCGUCAGGCUCGGUACUUGGAUCUCACUUUACUGUUCAGAAGAUGAUCAUCACUAAUUUGACCCCAAGAAAAUGUUCUGUUGUAUAUAAAACCAGUUGUAUGCGCGGUAUCUGGUUAAUGUGCUGAAUUAACUUAGCCAAAUGAAAAACUUUUGUAUUGAUAAUUUGACCCCAUCUGGUUGUUUCCUUAGAUAAAAAAAAUGCCUAGUGAUCACAAUACCAAAAUAAUGUUCCUCAGUAUGAUUAUUGUUUCACCCUGAAUAUUUUUGUGUAACCUUGAGUGUGGGGUGAUUCUAUGCCUGAAAGAAAGCAUGGUCUUCAUUUAAAACAAAGGGCCAGAUCAUGACCUGCUUUAGAUAGCCGAAUUGGACAAAUUAUUGGUCGUAAUACCAGUCGAGGAAGAAUCUGCAUCAUCACGUUCAGUUUUGAUGGUACCAGCAUGCUGUUAUCUUUUUUACAACUUGGAUAUUUUCACACCUUA